CUCAACUACUCUGCAUAGACAACCAAUCCCUUACACCCAUACGGUUUCUAUGCAAACAUUUUCAACUUUCCAGAAGCCUGUCCAGGUUGUCUAAAUGCAAAUGUUCACAGCUGGAAGAAGUUGUAGGAGCGAGAGAGAAAUAAACAAUGCCGAGAGGAAAAAAAUUGAAUCGGUUUUCUAUGAGUGUGAUGUUGGUAAGAAAGGUUAUUUGUCCAGAGAAGAUCUUAAGAUGGCAGUGGUCAUGCUUUUUGGAUACAAGCCUUCAAAGUCAGAGACAAAUAUCUUGAUGGCGAAUGGCACUGACCCUCCAGGGGUCUCGCUGGAGCGAUUUGUGUCUCUCAUGGGGAGGAAGAUGUCAGCAGAAGAUCCAUACGAGAAGACGAGGCAGAUCUUCAGUGCAUUUGAUGUACACUGUCGUGGCUUCUUAAAGUUGGAUGACUUCAAAAGCGUCUUCAAGCGAGUUGCCCCUCGUCUGCCGGAGAGAACUGUGCUGGAGGCUUUCCGGUACGCAGAUCAGGAUUCUGAUGGUCAUAUCAGCUUCAAGGACUUUGAAAAUAUCAUCAGCUAUGGUUUGGCGAACAUCUGCAACUCCACAGGAAACACAAAAUAAGAGCCUGAAAGACAUACUAGAUCGCCCAUAAAAGAACAUGUAUUCACAACCCGGUGAU